UUGACAGUUCUUUGUAGGUUAAGUCCAACCCAAUCCAUACAAAUAAAUGGUGUUUAAAGUUUGUGUAUUAUAUUAUUAUGCUAAAUACUAAAUUAAGCUAUAUAUUAUUAGUAAUAAUCUUUGUCAGUUCAAUAGCAAUAAUAUAUCAGAUUCAAUUAACUAAAUUGUAUGACAGAUUGAUAAAACUAGAGCGUAUUCAAGAGAAAUAUGAAAGUUCAAAUAGCAAAAAGGAGGAAAAGGAUUUGGCACUUGAAAGCAAUGUAAUGGUUCUUUAUAAUCGAGUACCAAAGACAGCUUCCACAAGUUUUGUGGGAGUUGCAUAUGAUUUAUGUAAAAGAAAUAAUUUUCAUGUUCUACAUGUAAAUAUAACUGCAAAUAACCAUAUGUUAUCUUUAGAAAAUCAACUAAAAUUUGCCAAGAAUAUUUCAAAUUGGAAUAACAUUAAACCUGCAUUAUAUCAUGGACAUUUUGCUUAUUUGGAUUUUUCUAAAUUUGGGAUGCCCAAUCCAUUAUAUAUAAAUUUAAUUCGUAAACCUUUAGACAGAUUUAUUUCUUAUUACUACUUUGUUAGAUAUGGAGAUGAUUAUAGACCACAUCUAAUUCGUCGAAAACAUGGAAACACUAUGUCUUUUGAUGAGUGCGUCUUGAAAAAAUUACCAGACUGUGAUCCAAAUAAUAUGUGGCUACAAAUCCCUUUCUUUUGUGGUCAUUCUGUAAAUUGCUGGAAACCAGGGAACAAAUGGGCUUUAAAUGAGGCAAAAAAGAACCUGAUAAAUAAAUAUUUUUUAGUAGGCUUAACAGAAGAAUUAGGAGACUUUAUUUCUGUUUUGGAACAAUCAUUACCGAGGUUAUUUAAGGGAGCAAGUGACCAUUAUCUAAAUAGCAACAGGUCCCAUUUGAGGCAAACUGUGCAAAAAGAUAUCCCUUCAGAAGAGACUGUGAAGAAGAUAAAAGAAAGUCUUAUUUGGCAAAUGGAAAAUGAAUUCUAUGAAUUUGCAUUAGAAUAUUUUCACUUUAUAAAAAAGUUUGGCUUUAAAAAUAAGUUACAAAAUGUGAUGUAUGAAAAAAUUAGGCCAAAAGGUUAAAUUGUAAAUUAUCCACUAAAUUUUGAAAGUUAUCUCAUGCCACAUGAAAACAGUUGUAUAGAUUUAUAUACAAUUAUGUUUAUUAAACAAAUGAAAAGAAAGUUCAUUGUGAAAUAUUUUCUCUGUGAAAAGGAUAGAAGGAAUGGAAUGUGAUUUAUGUAUACAUACACAUAUCUAAUAAACAAACGACAACACAUGCAUUACUAUUUAGUCAGAGAUAUUAAUUUUCAGUUUCUUAUAAAUACUUGUUCUGUAUUUACAUACAUAUAGUACAUAUUAAUGUAGUAACAACCAUUAGGAAGUUUUUUCAUAUGAAUUAAAAGUAAGGAUUGGUUCAUAUCAGUAUAAUGUCUUUAUGAUAUUCGAUAACUAAUAAAAAGUAUCUGUCUAGUUUGAAUUAUUCUUGUUAAUUACAAGUAUCAGUUGGAUUAAAUUUAAAUUUAAUUAUAUUGACACUUUAAUUUCUAUUGAACUCAUAUUCUCAUUACUCGUAUAGUAAUCAGGCAAGUAACCAGUUCCAUGAAAUAGAAUGGGAUAAACAUGAAUUGAUAAUUCUUUUCUAAAUUCAAAAGGCACAUUAUACGGGUUUGUACUGGACUGAUGGAAUCUCCCUUACAAGGUAUAGGUGUUUAUAAGUAAAUGCCACGACUAUUGGUUCUAGAUUCCACUAAUGGCACUAUAAUUAUACAGGGUGAUUCAGAACUUAUCCAAAAAAAAAAUUCUGGAUGUACAGGGGAC